GCAUGUUCGCCGCACGAUCUUUCGUUGUAAAUAAAAUUCUGCAUCUUUAACGAUUCACUGGUCAUCAAGCCGUGUGAGAACACGAUUUAUACGCGUCGUACCGCGCCGUGCAUGCUUUAUAAGUCAACGAUAUGAAUACGUGCAAACGAAUUGGCGGCACGCCACUAGUAUUUUAACUUAGGAUAAUUCGACAGCAGAAUGACGUAUCGAAAAACGCGGCUUUUGAAUAAUUGUUCGGUUUGAGAGGAUCGACGAUCGAUCGGAGCAAGCUGUCACUUGAAUGGGCAACUCCAACGCCAAAAGGAACUCUCAUAAUCAGCAGAGGUAUGAUAGUCAGUACAGUCUUAGUGAUUUGCUUGGUGGAAGCUGUGUCAACAAUGCAACAGCGCAGGCUUCUAACGAGGAAGGGAGAUCAUUGUCCCGUGCUUCUCACAGAAGUUGGACCAAAGGAUAUUGCACUACACAAGAUAUUCAUGGAUCUUCCAAAACAGUAUGGCCCAUUUCACGUUCUCAGUCAAUGUUUCUGCCAGAAUUUCCAGUCAAGGAGAUACCUCUGAAAACAGGAUAUGUCUUCUUAGAUGUAAUAGCUAAGGGUGCUUAUGGCAAAGUAUAUAAGGUGAAAAAGCAAGAAACUAGUCAGGCCUUUGCACUAAAGGUGAUUAGUAAAGCCAUGAUUGUGGCAGAAAAUUGUGUCAGACAAGCUAAGGAGGAGGCAGCAAUACUGAGAAUGGUUGGGCAUCAUCCUUUCAUAGUGAAUUCCGUCCACAGAUGGCAAGGCAGGAAGACAUUGUAUAUAUUGAUGCAUUAUAUUUCUGGAGGAGAAUUAUUUUCACUAGUCAACGAGUAUGGCUGUUUGCCUGAAAAAGUAGUUAGGAUAUAUGUAGCUGAAAUUGCCUUAGCUAUAGAUUUUCUACACAAUGCUGGUGUAGUACAUAGAGAUCUGAAAACAACCAAUAUUCUACUUGAUGAAGAUGGCCAUGCUGUGAUUAUCGAUUUUGGUCUGGCCAAAUGGUUGCAUCGCACAGAACGAACAAACACAUUCUGCGGAACACCUCAGUAUAUGGCGCCUGAAAUCCUAAAGAAGGAACAUUAUGGACAGGAAGUCGAUUGGUGGUCUCUGGGUGUGUUAGCCUGCGUUUUACUUACAAAUAAGUAUCCAUCCACCUUGUCGUCAGAACUUCUACCAGCUGAUAGGAUCGCCCGCGAUGAGCUGGAUCAUGCGAAUGUACCAGGAAUCUUACCUACGAAUGCGGAUAUUUCGCCAGCGGCGAGGGAUCUCCUGAAACGGCUCUUACAGCCAGAUCCUCGUUUGAGACUCCGAACUCUUCUCAGCCUUCAGAGGAUCGCUUUUUAUAUGGGCUAUAAUAUUCAAAAUUACAUGCUGAAAAAGGAAUCGCCAUUCCGGAUUUUAGCAGUCAAAAAUCGACAAGAAAUGCAGCAACAAAGAAUGGAUUGUUUCAAUAAAAAGUUUUCAAAUUUUGAAUCUUUUCCUGAUGAUAUUACCACGUAA